ACUCAAUGGACAGGUAUUUGAACAAAUUCUGGGAGAUAGUGAAGGACUGGGGAGCCUGACUUGUGCUGCAGUCCAUGACGUAGAAAAGCGUGGGACCUGACUUAUCGACUGAACAAUAACAGGGUUAGCUGGGAAACUGAGGUCCAGAUGGGGAAAGGCCUGGAAUGCAGUAACCUCCUGCUCUCCUCUGGUUUUCCGUGGGCUUCCAUGGAAAAGUGAGGAGUGCCUGCACCUAUCAGGGGCAAGGGUCAAGGCAGGAGUUAAGGCAGGCUUCCUGGAGGAAGAGGAAGAGGUUGGGCAGGGGGCCAGAACUGCCGCAGGUGCCCCUGGGGGCGGCGGAAUUUCCGAGGAGUCUCUGGGGCACCAAGGCAGUCCGGGCUGGUUGGGCCGGUUUGGCCUCUGCCCCUAGGCCCGGCGGCCGCGACUCCACGGGGCUGAGCGCGGGACAUUCUUGAACACCAACCAGCCUGCGGGCGCAAAGCGAAACUCUAGGGUCCGCCCUCGCCCCGGCCGCUGGGCGGGGCCGCACCUGCCGCCGUCGCUGGGGCUGUCGCCGCUGCGCACCUGGCCCAGGUGAGCCGCUCCGCCCUCGCGGCCGCGCGAGCCUCGAGUCUGGGCCGCAGCCUCUGACCCGUCCUGGCGCCCUGACUGACCAGCCACAAGGACAGAGAGUGAAUCUUGCUCAGCCCUUGGGGGAUCAGUCUGCUCGGCCAAGGAGCCCCGUGGCGCUGUGGGUAGCACCAGUGUCCAGCCUGCCUCGAGGAGGCCCCGGCCAGACCAUGGCAGGAGCCUGCGACAAGGCCCCUGACUUCCUGUCCCCGUCUGGAAACCAGGUCCUGGGGCUUGCCCUGGGCAGCGUGGUCACACUGAACUGCACAGCCUUGGUGGUCUCGGGGCCCCACUGCCCCCUGCCCUCAGUACAGUGGCUGAAAGGUGGGCUGCUGCUGAGCAAUGGAAGCCUCUAUGACCUCCAUGAGGACUCCUGGGUCAAGACCAACUGGUCAGAGGUGCUUGUGUCCAGUGUCCUGGGGAUCAACCUGACCAGACCUGAGGACUUCGGGACCUUCACCUGCUCCAUCUGGAACGUCAGCUCCUCUUCCUUCACUCUUUGGAGAGCUGGGCUGGCGGGACAUGUGGCCGCGGUGCUGGCCUCGCUCUUGGCCCUGCUGGCCCUGCUCCUGGUGGCGCUGCUGUACGUGAAGUGUCGGCUCAACGUGCUGCUCUGGUACCAAGACAAGUAUGGGGAGGUGGAGAUGAACGACGGGAAGCUCUACGACGCCUACAUCUCCUACAGCAACAGCCCUGAGGACAGGAAGUUCGUGAACUUCAUCCUGAAGCCGCAGUUGGAGCGGCACCGUGGCUACAAGCUCUUUCUGGACGACCGCGACCUCCUGCCGCGCGCGGAGCCGUCGGCAGACCUGCUGGUGAACCUGAGCCGCUGCCGGCGACUUGUGCUGGUGUUGUCGGAUGCCUUCCUGGGCCGGGCCUGGUGCAGUCACAGCUUCCGGGAGGGCCUGUGCCGGCUGCUGGAGCUCACGCGCAGACCCAUCUUCAUCACCUUCGAGGGCCAGCGGCGCGACCCCGCGCACCCUGCACUGCGCUUGCUGCGCCAGCACCGCCACCUGGUGACCCUGCUGCUCUGGAAGCCCGGCUCUGUGACGCCUUCCUCCGAUUUUUGGAAAGAGCUACGGUUGGCGCUGCCACGGAAGGUGCAGUACAGGUCGAUGGAGGGAGACCCCCAGACCCGGCUGCAGGACGACAAGGACCCCAUGCUGAUUGUGCGAGGCCGGUUCCCAGAGGGUCGGACCCUCGACCCCGAGCUGGACCCCGACCCUGAGGGGGACCUGGGUGUACGAGGGCCUGUCUUUGGGGAGCCACCAGCUCUACCACAGGCAAGUGCGGUCUCGCUCGGAGAGGGCCAAGGCAGUCAGGUGGAUGUGUCAGACCUUGGCUCCCGAAACUACAGCGCCCGCACGGACUUCUACUGCCUGGUGUCAGAGGACGACGUGUAGCCCCGCCCCCUGGAGCACUGGGUUCUACUGCCUGGUAUCAGAGGACAACGUGUAGCCCUGCCCCCUGGAGCACUGGGGUUACCGGGGUGCCGGGGGCAGGGCUGGGUGUUUUUAGUCCCACACAGCAGGACCUGUCUUCUUGCAGUCCUGGGACCUCAGGGAAAGAGAGUGGACCCAGCCCCAGCUGUCCGCCUCGUGCUAGAAAUAAAGACCUUUUGAAUCCCA